AUGGUGACUGAAUCAGAUCUUAAAUCGAGGCUCGAGUCCAAUAUUCCAGAUUUAUUCAGCUCUAUUGUUACAGAUAUAUCUGCUGGGUGCGGUCAGUCAUUCGAUGUAGUUGUUGUAAGCAACACUUUUGAAGGAAAGAAUAGACUAAUGAGAAAUCGUCUAGUCAACAAAGCCCUUAAAAAUGAGAUUGCACAGAUACAUGCAUUCACCUGCAAGUGCUACACGGAGAGCGAAUGGAAGAAAAUUGUAGUUUAA